GCAUCACGUGCCUCUGGGUUGGAACGGCGAUUGGUCCCUUGAAGCUUUCGGCCCGGACUUCAAUGCCUACUUCGAACGCCUGCCCUACAAUAACUGCCAGUUCGAGACUUGGGAAGGAUUCGAUGAGACUUUGUCCAAGUUCAAGGAUUUUGCCCGAGAGAACGGGCCCUUCGAUGGAGUGGUCGGCUUCGAUCAGGGAGGCGAGUUCAUUGCUCAGGUGGCCUCCCGGGCCAACGAGGGCGACGAGUCCUUAUCGGAGAUCUUCCGCUUCCUGAUCCUGUUCACUUCAACCGCCCCGAAGCAUCUUUCGCCUCUGGGCUCGCGCCGGCCCGCCACGCCGAUUCGACUGCCGGUGUUGCUGAGUUGGUGCGACGGGGAUCCAAACCACCCCUUCCAGGAGUACGAGGAGCUGCCCCUCUUCUUCCACAGGGACUACCGAGAGGUCAUUCGUCACGACGAGGGGCAUUUGCCCCCGACCUUCAGGAGGGGGACAGAAGCCUACGACCGCUUCGCUCGAUUUCUGGAGGCGAUGCAACAGGGAGACGUCUUCGUUCCCAGCGACCAUAAGGAGAAUCGGCAAGUGGCGAAUCUUUUCCUGCCAUUGCGCCGGUCUCCGGCAGUGUCGAAACCACGAAGACGAAGGCGGCUCCUUGUGGCUGCCGUGCCGGGAGGGUCUGGCGAGGAGGAGGCAAACCACAUCCUGGGCCUGGAAGCUGCGAUGGCUCGCGGCGAGAUGGUAGAGCUGGAGGCGAUACCCUUCGUGCGGAUCGGCAGCACGCCGGAUCCUUUGGGACGUGCACGGCUGCUGUCUGAGCUUUGCCUCGUGGGCGCUGAAAUCUUCGCGGCGAGCGCUGGGGAUGUGACCGUCCAGUCUGUAGCAUACGACGAGGAGCAGCAGCUUUUCGACUGGCACUGCAGACAAGAUGAAGUGCCUUCGCACCAGCUGCGUCGGCGCGACGUGAUCCUGGAUGAGAGCCACGAUGCACGAGCCCGUGAAUGGGCCAGGGGAUGGGCGCGACGAGCCCUCGCAGAGCCCUGCGACGACGAGGCUCUCUUCCUGGUCGGCUGUUGUACCGGUGCCUUCCUGGCCUUCGCGCUGGCGAGGGCCUUGAUCGAGGACUUCGGCAUAACCCCCGCUGGCCUUUUCCUCGUCAACCCGACGCCACGGCUCCCUUGGAGUACGACAGCCGUGCCCGGAGCAUUGCGAGACUGUACCGUCCACGUCUUCGUCGACGGCACGGCGACCUAUGGGCCGCCUUGGCGAUACGAG